AUGGACCGUCUCUCGACCGAGCUAGACGAAAAGAUUGUCCAGCAACUGGUCGGAAAGGAAGCUUCUGCUCUUUCGAUGACAUCAAAGUACUAUCGAUCGCUUGCAGAACCACAGCUCUACCGAGAGCUCUCCUUCCCAACCAAGCAACGUAUGGAAUUGAUGUUGUUAUUCGAGACGCUUGUUGAUCGUCAAGAUCUCGCAAAGCACAUUCAUUCCUUCACUAUCACAUGGAACGGAGCGCAAGAGCUUACAUCGGCUUUCGACGCUGUCUUCCUCCCCCGCUUCCGGAGUAAGAUAGAUGAGUACGAGCGAGUCAUCAGGGAAGUUAUUCCAUCAUCGUCAAGACGUCGAGCCACACGAUGGCUUGAUCAGAUGUAUCUAGGAGAGCCUACGAUCGACGGACAGCUCGCGAUGAUUGCCUGUCUUGCCGAAAACAUGGAGCAUCUGAUACUAGAUCAUGUCUACCUUUCAAGUCUUCAGAUCACUUGGUUAGUCCUCGAAAUGUCCUGGGGCGAAGUCAGUGGCGCCCCUCUGAGUGGCGGAGGACACAACGAAACUACCUGGAGGUUCAGCAAAGGCUCCGCCUAG